AUGGCUGAGACAAGUAUUUUACACGUAAAAGAUGAAGUACAUGCAAUCAGGAAACAUGUUAAAUCUAUUACAGGUACUGCAGGAGCAUUAACAAAACUGGUGUUGUUUGAAAAACUAGUUGUAAGCAAUGUUACUGAAUCCGAACAUAUAAGGCAAGCGCUGCAAGCUGGCAUAAAAUAUUUCUUGGAUGUUGAUAACCGUCAUGAGAAAUCAAAUCCGGUGCAAGUCUCUGGUUAUCUUUACAACCGUGCUGAACGUCAAAAACUUCGAUCUGAUAGCAGUAUCAUGGUGAAGAAACGUAAUCGAAAAAUAGCAGGUCAUAUCUUGCCAGAUUUUGAUUUUGAAGCUUAUGCAUUGGAUGUAUUUAUUGAGUUAAUGAAUAUCUAUAGAAUUAACACAGAUGUAUUGAAAGAUUCAAUAUGUAAUCAACCGUUAGAGGAAUUUGUGAAUACAGGUAUUUCUGUCGAAAUAGAAAAGCUUUGAAGUCAUUUUUGUUGAUAUAUCUAGCAAACUGUAUCUAAUUCUUUUUAGAAAAGAGUCGUUCCCUGUUUUACAUAACAUAUGACAAGAAAUUUAUAAUUAAAUCUUAUCAUCUACAUUACGAUUUCUUUUUGGCGCAAAAUUUCCAUUUUACUAAAUUGCAGCAAUUAUCUAUAGCAGCGCUGCUGUUGCAUUUGGUCUAUCGAUUGUAAUUUAUUUUCUUAUUCCGCUUCUAAUAAUGAACUGCAUAUUUGUAAUAACGAGAUGCGAUAGUCAAAAGGAGCAGCUAGUUGGCUGUCAACAAUGCCGCUGAACUUGGAUACCGGAAUUUUAACACAUUUCAACGACAUCAUGAAAAUUUUAAUUCAUCAGCUAGUUCAAUGUUACGGCAGUCAUUAUUUUUCACCGUCACAAUGCGGUUCUUGGUUGCUCCUGGGCUUCGUAAUGUUUAUAAUAGUGUUGAUCAACAGUGCUUAUACAACACUAGUCGUUGUCAUGUAAUCGAAUUGUACGAGCCCUUAUUUAGCAUCACACUCUGCUCCUCAUGUCAGGAAGAAUAUAUAUACAUAACUUGUCGUGAAGAAUUACGAAUUAUAAGAAGUUUCUUGUUGAUGACUAUUGCAUUUUAUGCCCUAUUUAAUAAUAACUCAUUUCUUGAUAUGGAGAGAAUACAUCGCGUUCGCCGUCGUAACCCGUAUGAUGUGCAUUCACGUUGACCUUCUUCAGCAAGUCAGGUGCAAUUAACUCUGUAGACGAUCUUGGAGCAGGUACUCUCGAGUGAUUUUUCUUGGACAGAUUAUCUAAGUUCGGAUUUCUAAUUAUGAUUCCAUGUAGUACUCGUGGUGUAUUAGAUUUGAAUUCUUUCGCGCUGAUCACGAAUAUCUAAGUCAGCCCUACCCGUGGACAUUUUCUUCCAUCUUUUCUUGAUGAACAAGCGGAACAACUUUCAACCACCGAAGCAAAUGAAUCUAGACUUGUUACCAAAUGUCGGUGACGAUCAUUAAAAUCGGUCUUAGACGUUAGUCAUAGUCAUUUUCCGAUUACUCAUACGCGAUCAACUAUUUCAUAUUAUAUUUUACUCUUAUCAACUGAAAUGAUCCUUAGGAAUCGCACACUUCACCUCAUCAGUUUUCUAUUUAAAGGAUAACUCAGGAACUUAUACACACCAAAAACAUUUUCUGAACACUUUCAAUAGCUCUAAACCCAUCUCAGCAACAUGUCAUAAUCUAUCACCUCUUCCAUAUUAUCUUCAUCCAAUAUUGUUGAAGGAUGAUAUUGACAAUACUUCAGUCUUUAAUUUUAUCAUCUCAUUUUUUAAUACAAAAGACUGAUCUUCAUGAUAUACCAAGUAUUGCUUGCUGGUCAAUCUCUUACAUUCCAGAGAGAUUUAGAUCGAUCACUCUUUUCUUUCUCAGCGAAAUCAAUAAGAGAAAAUGCGAACUUUUUGAGCCUUUUCUCCUGAAAUUGUUUGAUCUUCAUUGCAGUUUUUUCUUCCAUACUGCUUUUCUUUGUUUAUACCAAUGGACACCUAGUACUGAAAAACGGAUGUGAAGAAAAUAAUAGAAGGCUCAGCCUAUUUGCUUCUCUAAAAAUUGAAUCGUGUGUUCUUACGAGGGAAGGUCUCCAAGUGUUACUCUCACUUUUCAAUGGAACAUACCCUAGUUUGUAGAGCUCAACGAGCUGAUUACAAUGGCACAAAGCCUUUUGCCCCAUGGCUCUUGAAGACCCGGUUUUCUGGAAAACCAGUGUUUCAGGAACUCUAAAAAAUAACCAAUACCUUUCUUAAUGAGGCAUAAUGGUAGCGCGCACAUUUCUAAUUAAAAUGAGACAUCUCUCAGCUCUAUAUGACCUUUCGUUACAAAGUUCUAGAAUUUACAAGAAAAGUCCUAAAUGAAUUCCUUAUUUCUGUAGCUUUGAGCUGACAAUGAACAUUUAGGGCUUUUAUUGUAAAUUCUAGAACUUUGUAACGAAAGG